GCUCUUUGGACUGUGGGUUCUCUGGGUGCCGGAGAGGCGUUGCAGGGUGCGGGACUGCGGCAGGCUGGGGACACCCAGAGGACCUUUUAUCUCAGCUCUUCUGCCAGGACAAAGCACCAAAAUGCAGCCUGUGGCCCUGCACAGCCUUUCGGAGUUGGAAAGAGCCAGUCUGCAAGAGAUUGCUCUCUACCAGCUGCAGAAGAAGCUGCUUGUUGGAGAUCUCAGCCUGGCUAAAGUUGGACCUAAGGGCAGUAAAUCUAUCCGCCAGAAACUGGAGAGCUUUUCAAAGGAGAAGAAAGACUGCUCUCCUCAGACUUUUGGGAUCCCACUCUUCCAAGUCAUUGCCAAUGAUCGUGCUUACAAGCAACUGCAGGAAGAAGUGAAAAAGAGCCGCCGGCUCUGCCUGGAGGUGGAAGCGACAGUGACAAGAUUUCGGGCUCAGAGGCAGAAGAGGACCCCGACGGGCAUGAGCUGUGGCCUGGUACCCUGCGGGGUCUUCCUGGAGGAGUCGUUUUCUCCAACUUUUCUCAACAACAGCUCCUGGAGCCAGCGAAGGGGGGCAAUGUCCGUGGACUCCAUCACUGACCUGAGUGACAACACUUCCAAGCUGCUGGAGGCACUGCAGUUGUCACACCCCCAUGAGCUGGAUCCACGGAGAAGCCUGGGCAAGAAAAAGAUGUUGAGCCUCAACCCCAUCACCCGGCAAGUCCCGCGGAUUGUGGACAGAUGUUGCAAACACAUUGAAACGCACGGUCUCCAAACUGUGGGCAUCUUCCGUGUUGGGAGCUCCAAGAAAAGAGUUCAGCAGCUGAGGGAGGAAUUUGAUCAAGGACUGGAUGUUUUCUUAGAUGAGCAUCAAAGCGUUCAUGAUGUGGCUGCUCUGCUCAAAGAGUUUCUUCGGGACAUGCCGGAUUCACUGAUUCCCAGAGAGCUCUAUGCAGCCUUCCUCAGCACAGCCUCCAUGGAGGGUCCGUCGCAGCUGGCUGCUCUUCAGCUGCUGCUCUUCCUGCUGCCCCCCUGCCACAGCGACACGCUGCACCGGCUCCUGCGGUUCCUCAGCGAGGUGGCCCGGCAUGCCGAGAGCUCCUGGGGCCCUGAUGGCCAGGAGAUUCCUGGGAAUAAAAUGACAGUUUCAAACUUGGCCACAAUCUUUGGUCCCAACAUCCUUCAGAAAGAGAAGCCUGGAGAAAAAGAUGGUGGUGCCAUGAACUUUGAAGAUAGUGCUGCCAUCAUACUGGUGCUCCAGAGGUUGAUUGAGCACUACCAGACCUUGUUCAUGGUCUCUCCAGAAAUGCAAUGUGACAUCCUAAGGAGGCUAUUUCAGACAGACCCCGAUGUCAUCGACUACCUUUUGCGCAGGAAGUUCAACACCGUGCCAACCCCAGAGAGUGAGGAUUCAACAGAGGAUCAUGCUCCAUCCCCACUGCCUGGUCGGACCCGCACCCUGGAGAGCAGCUCGGUCUCAUCAGAGUUGUACAGCAGCGUCUCAUUCCUAAACCUGGAUGUUGGCAUCUAGCAAGCCUGGGCCAGGCCCUCUGCACUGCCUUCUGUGGACAAAACUGGGCAACCUUUCCCCAGCCAAAAUGAGUCCUCUGUCCCGCUUUGGAGGAGCGGAGAAGCGAAAGGAGUAUGAAUGCCUGCGGGAGCAUCUUUGCUACCAGUAGACGUGCCCAACUGUCCUGGUGUAGGCAGACCCACAGCAGGAGAUGUGUUUGCAGGUUGCCAGCAGAAAGGCUUUCCACACGUGGGUUUGUUGCCAGAUGGCAACCAAGAAACCCGCCUGCUCGCGCGGUGGCUGUGCAUGCACGCUUGUGUAGGCAGCAGUGUGGAAGGGGAGCGUGCUCUGGGUCCGAGCUGGAAAGCCGCUGGUGUGUGCUGUAGCCUGCUUUCUUCCCAGGGGUUUGAGGCACGAGAUUUCUGUCCCCGGAGCUGUGCGUGAGCUCAGGGCUCAGGGUUAGCAGCACUCUGGGUGGCAGUGCAGGCGGGGGCUGCA